AUUCAAACAAUUACCACAACCUCACUGCCAUUCUGCUGAAGAACGGGGCCUUUAAUACCAUCUGUGUUUAGUUCGGUGGAAAGAGCUUAAAGGAUGAACAGUGGUGGUCAGGUGUAUCCGCUGGCUUCACUCUAUGUGGGUGACCUGCAUCCAGAUGUCACAGAGGCCAUGCUGUAUCAAAAGUUCUCACCAGCCGGACCCAUCAUGUCCAUCCGUGUGUGUCGAGACAUCAUCACGCGCAGGUCCCUUGGCUAUGCCUACAUCAACUUCCAGCAGCCAGCUGAUGCUGAAUGUGCGCUGGACACCAUGAACUACGAAGUGAUAAAGGGUCGGCCAAUCAGGAUCAUGUGGUCACAACGAGAUCCUUGUCUGAGGAAGUCUGGAGUGGGAAACAUCUUUAUCAAGAACAUGGAUGAGUCCAUCGACAACAAGGCGCUUUACGACACCUUCUCUGCCUUUGGAAACAUUUUGUCAUGUAAGGUGGUAUGUGAUGAAAAUGGCUCAAAAGGUUACGGAUUUGUGCACUUUGAGACACAGGAGGCAGCUAAUCGAGCUAUCGGCACCAUGAACGGCAUGCUGCUGAACGACCGCAAAGUAAAAGAGGCAGGUAAAGAGCAGGAAUGCAGUUCAGCUCCAGUCUCUCCCCUUUGGGACAAAUGUCAGCUGUUCACAUUUAGAUUUGUUGGACAUUUUAAGUCUCGUAAGGAGCGAGAGGCAGAAUAUGGAGCCAAGGCCAUGGAGUUUACCAAUGUAUACAUCAAGAACUUUGGAGAGGACUUUGACAGUGAGAAACUGCGUGGCAUCUUCUCUGAGUAUGGGAAAACCCUGAGUGUUCGUGUGAUGACCGAUGAAAAGGGGCAGUCUCGUGGAUUUGGCUUCGUGAACUUUGAAAACCACGAGGACGCACAGAAAGCAGUAGCAGGGAUGAACGGGAAGGAGAUGAACGGGAGGAUUCUGUAUGUGGGUCGAGCCCAGAAGAGACUGGAGAGGCAAUCUGAGCUCAAACGCAAGUUUGAACAGAUCAAGCAAGAACGCUUGAAUCGUUACCAGGGCGUCAAUCUCUAUGUGAAAAAUCUGGACGAUGGCAUCGAUGAUGACAAACUGAGAAAAGAGUUUGCCCCAUAUGGUACUAUUACCAGUGCUAAGGUGAUGACUGAAGGAGGCCACAGUAAAGGCUUUGGCUUCGUGUGCUUCUCGUCUCCCGAGGAGGCCACUAAAGCCGUGACUGAGAUGAACGGCCGCAUCGUCAGCACUAAACCUCUUUAUGUAGCCCUGGCUCAAAGAAAGGAGGAGCGCAAAGCCAUCCUUACCAACCAGUACAUGCAGAGGCUCGCUAGUGUGAGAGCCAUUCCUGGCCCUGUCAUGCCCACCUACCAGCAGAGCUCCGGCUACUAUAUGCCAUCUAUGCCACAGCCUCAGGGACGUGCCUUCUACAACGCUGUACCAAACCUGCGUCCAGUGCCACGUUUUGCCACCCAAGCUCCCAGACCACAGGCUCCGUACUCGGCUCAGUUAGUCAGGCAAGCGACGCCACGCAGAACCUCCACCCCCAUCAGCACAGUGCGCCAGGCCUCCACCCAGGCUCCAGGGGUUGUCAACACACAAAGGAUGGCUCAUAUUGGAACCCAGACAGCAGGUGGACGAACCAUGCCUAUGGUGAGAGGAGUCAGUCAAUACAAAUACUCAAGUGGAGUUCGAAACAUGCAGCAGGUUAUCACAGUGCCAGCUCCCAUCCUACAACAGGUGAUGCCUCAUCCAGUUAUGGAGCCUGCCGUUCAUGUUAAAGGUCAAGAGCCCCUCACUCCCUCAAUGUUGGCAGCUGCACCACUCAUGGAGCAGAAACAACUACUCGGUGAACGUCUGUAUCCACUGAUUCAGGCCCUUCAUCCUAACCUGGCUGGCAAAAUUACUGGCAUGCUGCUAGAAAUAGACAACUCUGAGCUUCUGCACAUGCUGGAAUCCCCAGAGUCCCUUCAUGCCAAGGUUGAAGAGGCGGUGGCUGUUCUUCAAGCUCAUCAAGCCAAGGAGAUGUCACCUAAGAAAUAAGGAGGCCCCUGAUGCAGGCACUGAUCACUGAAGGUCGUCUGCCAUAGUCGAGAGAAUCGGGAAAUGGAAAAGAGAAACAGGGGGACACGUAACUUAAACACUUUGACGAAGGCACUUUUGUGGAAUCCUUUACUCAAGUCUGUACUGGUGUGAAGAGUGUUAUGUUUGUUCUAAUUAAGUUCACAAGAAGAAAAUAGAUAAAUAUGAAAAAAAAAUAUUAAAAAAAUCUUAUGUUGUGCAUUAAAAAUAUUUUGGCUUACCCACAA